AUGAACGCGUUUAGAAGUUUUCAAAUUCCAUCUUUGGAAGCUACAUUAAACGUAUUUUGGGAAACCGUUAAAGCUUAUAUGCCGGACAAUUCACCCUGCAUGGAAUUGCUUAAAAGAAAAAACAAACAAGUCGAUAACGAACAAGACGACAAACAAAAUUGGUUCAAUGAAAAUGAUGGAAAAUAUCGGGGUGAAAAUACAGAAAUGGCGACGCUUGCAGAAGAAGGAUACGAAGCAACGGGUGUUGCCGAAGAUGGUUUUAUAACAAGACAGCAAAAUUAUCAACAAACAAAAGGUGGGCCUAGCAUGGCAUCGAUUGAUUUUUCCGAAAGCGAAUUCGGUGAAGGUGGAAUUAAAAAAGGACAUAAAAUCGACGAAUGGCAAGCUGCCUGGAACGUGACAAACGCUAUACAGGGGAUGUUUAUAGUAUCCCUACCCUUCGCAGUUCUCAGAGGUGGAUAUUGGGCCAUAGCCGCAAUGAUUGGCAUAGCUCAUAUCUGUUGCUACACCGGUAGGAUACUUGUAGACUGCCUUUACGAGUUAGAUCUAUCAACGGGUCAAAUGGUAAGAGUAAGAGAUUCCUACGUUUCAAUAGCAAAAGCUUGUUUCGGUAAAGUAUGGGGAGCGAGGAUAGUUAGCAUGGCACAAAUAAUCGAACUGCUCAUGACGUGCAUAUUAUACGUCGUCGUUUGCGGUGAUUUAUUGAUCGGUACGUUUCCGGAAGGAAGCAUGGAUACGAGAUCGUGGAUGAUGUUGACCGGUAUCACUCUCAUACCAUUAGGAUUCUUAAAAAGUCUUAAAAUGGUAUCGGUUUUAAGUUUUUGGUGUACGAUGUCUCAUCUCGUCAUCAACGCCGUCAUACUCGGAUAUUGUUUACUCGAACUUCCGGAUUGGGGAUGGAGUAAAGUAAAAUGGUCGAUCGAUUUAGAAAAUUUUCCGAUAUCUUUGGGAGUUAUAGUUUUCAGUUACACGUCACAAAUAUUUUUACCGACACUCGAAGGAAGCAUGAUCGAUCCAUCGAAAUUUUCAUGGAUGUUAAAUUGGUCACACAUAGCGGCAGCCAUAUUUAAAAGUCUUUUCGGUUACAUGUGUUUUUUAACGUUUCAAAACGAUACGCAACAGGUGAUAACGAAUAAUUUACAUUCACCCGGAUUCAAAGGAUUGGUCAAUAUUUUUUUAGUUUUGAAAGCUUUGCUAUCGUAUCCUCUACCGUAUUAUGCAGCUUGCGAACUUCUAGAACGUUCUUUUUUUAGAAAACGACCGGAUACACUUUUUCCAACUAUUUGGGCAUUGGAUGGAGAAUUAAAAGUUUGGGGACUCGCAUUUAAAGUCGGCGUCAUUAUAUUUACAGUUUUGAUGGCUAUAUCCAUUCCCCAUUUUGUUAUACUCAUGGGUUUCAUAGGUAGUUUUACCGGUACCAUGUUGUCAUUUAUAUGGCCCUGUUAUUUUCAUUUAAAAUUGAAAAGAGAUUCGCUUGAUAGAAAUACAAUCUGGUACGAUUGUUUCGUCAUUUUUUUGGGUGUUUUAUUUGGCGUCGUCGGAGUUUACGAUUCCGGAACGGCCAUGAUAAAAGCAUUCGAAAUCGGUCUUCCAUUUUAA